AUGACAUUUGAGCACGUUAUCUCUGUGCGAGCGUUUGGCGUCUUGCGGUUGCAGCUGAACGAGACACGUUCGUUCUGCUUCUGGUGCAUAUCAAGUUUUAAAUUUCAAUCUCUGGAGUUUCCUCAAGUGCUCCUAAAAUAUGAUCGCCACUCGACAGCUUGUUUCUGUUUACCAACAACCAACGUCGACAGGAAUGCGCCUGAAAAUCCCUUUAACAAUGGAUGA